GGUUCUGCCAGUACGCAGCGAGCCUCCGUGCAGGUCGGACCAAUGUCGCGAUUGUGACGUCCUCGUGUUAUUGUGCCAGCCAGUCGUUGAAACAUUUAUUGGACCCAGGCUCGCUUCGUAAUCCUUUUUUUCUUUCUUCUUCAAAUUAAACUACCCAGCAAGUUUUUAUUCCCCCCAAGCAAAGUGAGGAUGCUUUUUUUUUUUUUAAACUCUUGAAAUAGACUUCCAUUUGACCACAUUUGGAUUGUUUUCAUAUUUCGUUGAAUUCUCAAAGUGAGCAUUCGUGGAUGUACAAGCUGUCUGGAAGAAUUGUGAUGUGCACCGGACUGGACUUGAUGAGCGUGGAGAUGUGGAGCCCGGUGGCACAUCUUUAAAGCGGCUUGCAUUUUUGUUUUUGGGAGAAAAAAAAGCCCACCAUCAACAAAAUUGUAUGCGUAUUUUGGCUGUUGUGUGUUGCAUGAGGCGUCGGGGCAAGGUAAUGGGAGAGGGUGCACACACAACAAGGGAGCGUUGUUCGAAACUGAGACAAUUGAGGCACAAGAAGAGAAACGCUGCUGGCUUGUGAUUCAUUUGACAACAUUGGAUUCGCUGGAGUUCUAUUUGCGUCCUGGACCGAAGCCAUUCGUCUGUGCGCGCAAGGAGCACUAAUGGCACAUUAAAAGUCAUGGGAAUGCUGCUGAAAUAGACCACAAAGGUUUCUUUUUUUAUUUUUGAAUUUUCAUUGAUCUCAAUGCAUACCGGGCCCACGAGUUUCUGACUCCCCUCCACUUUUGGAAGUCUUCUUUUUCAUUUGAUUUUUUGUUUUGUUUUUGGCAGCAUCACUUGUGGACCGAAUUCGGAGAUGGCGCAUCCAUGGAGUGUGAAUGGAUUGUGGGUCUUGCUGGCGUUUGUACUGGAUUUACUGGGAACCACCGCCAGCAACAUGGAGCCCAUCUACUGGAAUUCUCUUAACGAGAGGUUCCGAGACGAUAAGGGCUACGUGCUCUACCCUCAGAUCGGGGACCGGCUGGACCUGAUCUGCCCGCCGCUGGACACGGCCCGCUCCACACCCGAGUACGAGUUCUACAAGCUGUACCUGGUGUCGUCGCGGGACCAGGCGGAUCGCUGCGAGGUGGCGGGCUCGCCCAACAUCGUGCUGACGUGCGACGAACCUACGCGGGAACGCCGCUUCACCAUCAAGUUCCAGGAGUUCUCGCCCAACCUGUGGGGCCACGAGUUCAAAAGCAUGCAGGACUACUACAUCAUCGCUACGUCAGAUGGGACACGCCAAGGUCUGGACAGCAUGAGGGGAGGAGUUUGUGCCACGCAGGGCAUGAAGGUGGUCCUGAAAGUGGGGCAGAGUAACUCAACCCAUUCAAGAGGACCCAACACCUUCGGGGGCGGCGAAGGCGGCGACGAGAACGGCCCGCUGCAGCCGUCCAACAUCGCCCUGAUCGCGGGCGCGGCCGGAGGCUCGGCUUUCCUGCUAUUGGUCACGGCCGUCAUCUGCGCGGUGUGCUACAGGCGGCGACACGCCAAGCACUCGGACACCCACCACCCGCCGCUGUCGCUGUCGUCGCUGACCAGCCCCAAGCGGGGCGGCGGCGCCGGCGGCAUGGGCAGCUCCAACAACAACGGAUCCGAGCCCAGCGACAUCAUCAUCCCUCUGAGGACGUCGGACUCCGCCUACUGCCCGCACUACGAGAAGGUGAGCGGCGACUACGGACACCCCGUCUACAUUGUGCAGGAAAUGCCGCCGCAGAGCCCGGCCAACAUCUACUACAAAGUAUGAGAACUGGACUCUCCGGCCGUGGACUCCCGGAAUCGCUCCAAGCCCCGCCCCCAGCAAGCUCCAACAUCUCCCCCCCCCUCCCCUCACCCUCUCACCUGCCACCAUCCAACCAUGAUCAAACCCCACAAUCACACUUGUGAGUGUACGUGAGGGUUCGCCGGCCCACCGGAGCACGCUUCGAGCAGAUUCCCGGAAUGCACCUGGAAGUAGGUGAAUGCGGCUUUUGGACUUUCAAAAAAAAAAAUCAAAAGGACUAUAUUUGAAAGCAAAAAAAAAAAAAUAAAUCGAUAAAAGCCCAGACAGUGCUGAAGAACUCCCAGUUGCCACACCUGCCUAGAAGCCAGCAGCCCGCCCCUCAGAGCGCCAUCAGCCAAUCAGAGACGGGCCCCGCCUCUUCACCGCCAACACCUUUAGGAAUUCUCAGUGCAAAAAGAGGAGGGGCCUCUCGGACUCGGCCUCUGGAGGUCACGUGACUUGACCCGGGGCUCGAGGAGGUGUCUGAGCAGUCGGGCCGCGCUGACGCUCAGACUCUUGUAUAUUUUAAUAAAACGUGUGCGUGCGUGCGCGUGUGACAUGGACGUGACUGUGCUCUUUAGACUUGUCUUAAAAAUACCAAAACACAAAAUAGUGAGCGGAUAUCACAAUAAAAAUCCAACAAAGUGAGAUUUUUUUUUCUAUGGCUAUCAACACUUAUAGAUGAUAUAUAUAAAUAGCCAGUAAAUAGAUGUUUUGCUUUUAUUUUCUCUGAUUUUGUUGUAUUUUACCAGCUAAAACCACACCUCUGUUGCUAGCCCUUUUUCUAUUUUUCACAAUUUACCGUAGUACAAUCUGCCUUUUAUAUGCAUUUAAUCCCACUUUUUUUUUUUUGGCCACUCCCCCCCCCCCACUAGGGUGUUUGUAUAUUUUCAUAGCUUCUCGUUUGAUGAUAGUGUUGAAGUUUAGACCUCGUUCGUGGAAGUGUUGAGGUAGAGCCAUCUAUGAUCGCUUUUGUUUUUGUUUUAUUCCAAAUGUUUUUUUAGUUUUUUUUAAAAUGUGCUAAGGAGGAGGGCAAAAAGAGA